AUGGUGAAGCAAACAUUGGGCAGGGCCAUCCAACUGGCUGACCAAGUCGCAAAAGCUUUGGACAGGGCAUUGGUGAGAUCCAAGGACAAGAGCUUCAUCCCCGACCUCAAAUCCAAGGCUGAACAGCUGGCGGGGCUUCUCCGCCAACUCAGCAGCAUCGACCUCGGCACCUACGAUCGCCCCGUACGUGCGAUCAUCGACAGCGUCGAACAAAGCCUCGAUAGGUGUCUGUUCCGGCUGCUCAAGCAUCAUUGUCCCAAAUGGAUCAUCAUCAAGAUCAUCAAGAAGCGUUUCCCCACCCUCAUCCCCAUUGUUUCGUUCCGUGAAACGUUUUGGCUUCUUGACGCUUCAAUCAACGACAUGUCUUGGCUGAUCCAUUUUUGGAGGAACAAGACGAACGGGAGAUUUGAACUGUCUCUGCCCCUAAUGAAAUCAAACAACCGCAUGCUGUGUCUCGUUUGGGAAGAGAUUGCAAUUCGUCAUGACCCGGCUCAAUCCUACCAAGCUCGAUCUAGUGCUGCAGCUUCACUCGGUGAGAUGGCCAGGUACCUAGACGCGUACAGGAAGUUGAUCAUCCGGGAAUGUGGAGUCGAGGCCUUGUUGAAAUUGAUGGAGGAGGGUCCAAUGGAAGCCAAAGAGAGUGCUGCCAUAGCCCUGGGGUUUGUGGGAUGGUCCUCGGAAUGUGCUGGGAUAAGUGUCGAUGUAUGUAAAGUGUUUGCGAAAAUCCUCAGUGAAGGUUUCAUGAAAGUUCAGGCUGAGGUGGCCUUCGCGGUGUCACUGAUCGCAGAAAGAAACCCCAAAUGGCAAGAUGCUUUUGCAGAGCACGAUGUUGUCCGCUUGCUUGUCGGCCAUCUUGCAUUCGAAACUGCUGGAGUGCAUAGCAGCAAAACCCAUAGCAAUGACAAUGCCAAUGCCAAUGCCAAUGAAGACCCUGACACCAUAGCGCAAAUGAAAGCGAUGGCAGCCAGAGCCCUUUUCAGACUAGCCGAGGAUAACUCAGCCAUUUGCCGUAUCCUCGCAGAAUCAACAGCGCUAUAUAGUUUUGCAGUACUUCUGGAAAAAGGUUGUGAAGAUGCUCAAUUACAUUCAGUCUAUGCAUUAAUGGCGAUCAAGAAAGUGGCAGAGAAAGAUGCUGAUUUGAGACUAAGAUGUGACUUCAGUCCUAAUUCCCCCACUUGGAAAUAUGUUGUUGAUCAAUUAUUACUGAAAAUCACCGAGAAGACAGAAGACUCACACUUCCAGAAAUCAUGCAUCUAUGCUAUUGAGAAUUUGGCAAGGACAUUUGGGUCAAUAGAGACAAGAAUGAUUGGCCCACUGGUGCAGCUUCUGCAUGGAAGAGAAUAUUAUGUUACCGAGGGGGCUUGCAUUGCCCUCACAAAAUUAGCUCGGACAGAUAACUAUUUUCACAUUGAACAUUCCAAGGCAAUAAUAAGUGCUGGAGGUGUUAAACACUUAAUCCAGAUUUUGUAUGACAAGAAAGUUUUACAUGCGUUGGUUCUCAUCUGCUAUAUUGCACUGCACGUACCAGACGACGAAGAGCUUGCCCAAGCUGAGGUGCUUGCAGCGCUUACGUGGGCAUCCAAGCUAUCUUUUUUGACCGCAUACAAAGAGCUGGACAGAUUGCUGUGCAACAUUCCACUACAUGUACCAGAAUGGGAAGAACUUUACCAAGCUGGGUUGACCCCGCUGCUUGUAUUGGAAACCCAUGAACGUUAUUUGUCCAAAGAAGACACACUACCCACAUUGUUACAAGAGGCUAAGAGUAGGUUGAAUCUUCAUCAGUCCAAGGGCUCACGGAGGGUCAAUUGA